AUGUCCACGAGCGGCCACAAGCCUCUCACGGGUGACUGGUGGAAGGACGUGGACCUCUCAUCUGACUCGGCCGACGAGCUGGAGCGCGCAGCAAACGGCAGCGCGGGCGGCAAGGCACGCGGCGGCAAGGCCCGUGCUGCCAAGGGCGCCAGCCGCAAAGCUCGCAGCGACAAGCCCACGGCCCGUAGCAGGGAGAGCGGUAGCGAAAGCAGCAGCAGCGACAGCAGCAGCAGCGACAGCAGCAGCAGCAGCAGCAGCAGCAGCAGCAGCGACGAGGACGACAGCGACUACGACGCGUCGGGGGACGGCGACGAGGAGCGGACGCCGGCGCAGAAGGUGAAGCGGCAGCCCGCGCCCAAGGUGGAGCGCCGCAGCAAGAGCCCCAGCCCGCGCCCGCCGUUCGGCGGCGGCGCGUUCCCAGAGCGCGCCGUUGCGCGCCGCGGCGGACGUGGCAGCGGCAGCGGCGGCCGUGGCCGCAGCACGGCGGCCGGCCGUGGGGCUGUCCCCGUUGGUGGCGGUGGUGACAACAGCGAUGACGACAGCAGCAGCAUGGACGUGGGCGACAGCGAACCAGGGGACAGCGCCCUGGUUGGUGGUGGGGGAGCGGAUGCCAGGCUGGCCGGGGAGCUGGCGGCUGAGGCCGCUGCGCUGCGGGGCAGCAGGACGCCCUCGGUGGACGAGGACUCUGUGCCGCAGCUGCUGCGCCUGCGCGCCAUGCUGCUGCGGCUGGCGGCGGCCCUGGAGCUGCCCCCAAACCCGCUGGACGACCUCACGGACCGCAUGGGCGGGGAGGCCGCGGUGGCGGAGCUCACGGGGCGCAAGGGCAUGCUCGUGCGUGCUGGUGACUCCAAGGUGGAGUACCGCCAGAGGGUGGAGGGCGUCGCGCAGCAUAUGGCCAACAUGGCCGAGAAGCAGGCGUUCAUGGAGGGCAAGAAGCUGAUCGCCAUCAUCAGUGACGCGGCCUCGACAGGCAUCAGCCUGCAGGCGGACAGGAGGGCCAAGAACCAGCGGCGCCGCGUGCACCUGACUCUGGAGCUGCCCUGGAGUGCUGACAAGGCCAUACAGCAGUUUGGCCGCAGCCACAGGAGCAACCAGGUGUCAGCCCCCAUCUACAAGCUGCUCAUCAGCCAGUGCGGCGGGGAGUGGCGCUUUGCAGGCGCUGUGGCAAAGCGCCUGGCAUCCUUGGGCGCACUGCUCAAGGGGGACCGCCGCGCGCUGGGGGCCGGCAGCGAGCUCAAGGGCUUUGACAUUGAGAACAGGUGGGGCCGUGAGGCGCUGUCCCGGCUCUAUGACGAGGCCCUGGGCCUCCAGGCCCAGCCCAUGCCGGGGGUCAAGGUGCCGCAGCAGGAGGGUGUGGCGGCCCACAUGCAGCACGGGAUCUGGAUGAGGACACUCCGGGAGACGCUGCGCAAGGUGGACCUUCUGGCCAAGACAGAGUCCAUGAGUGGCAGUGACAUCAUCGGCAACGGGGAGUUCGCCAUCAAGGCGGUCAACAAGACCAACAUCCCGCGCUUCCUCAACCGCCUCCUGGGCCUCACCAUCCCUGAGCAGCAGGUGGUGUUUGACUACUUCUCCAGCCUCAUGGACGCCACCGUGCUGGGAGCAAAGUCGGCCGGGAAGUUUGAUGCCGGCAUCCGCAGCCUGGCGUGGGUCAGCAGCCUCACGGUGGACGAGGAGAAGGUGCUGCACACAGACAAGGACACGCAGGCUGAGACGCGCUACCUGCGUCUGGCCCUGGACUGGAGCCUGUCCUGGGAGAAGGCCUGCGCGUUCCUGGAGGACAUCAGGGCAGACCCCCCUGGCGGCAGCCUGCUCAACGGCAACGGGUUCUACAUCGACGACACCACCAACAACUGGGCGGGGACGGGCCACCCGCGCGUGGCGCUGGUCACGCAGGUGCUGCAGGACCCGGCGGCGGCGGCGCGCAGCCCCAUGUUCCGCCUGCAGCGGCCCAGCAACCGCAACAGGCAGAUCGAGACCCUCACGCCUGCGCGCAAUGAGGAGGAGGCGCGGCGUCACUGGCAGUUCUGGCACGGCUUCCUGAGCACGCCCGGCAACUGCGUGCACGCGAGCAAGUGCGCGGCCAAGCGGCGCGGCUUUGAGUGCACCGCGGGCAACUCCAACGAGACGCGCGAGGUCAUCACGGGCGCGCUGCUGCCAGUCUACAAAGGGCGCGGUGGCCCCUCAUUACCCACGUAUCUUGAGCAUUUGGGGGGGGGGGGUAAUGUGUCACCACCUGCUUAG